AUGGAGCUGAGCCUACAGAAAGCCGACUUCCAUCUCCUCCGAGGAUGCUGCCUCGAGGCCGAGCGCGCCGAUAUGGUGUCAGUGCAUCUUGAAGGUCUCCGCCAGGCGCUACCGGAGACCUACGGCGGCCAUCUUGCCAUGCUUGUCGAGGAGAUGCGGAGCAGUGCAAGGGUUCUACGAGACCUAGCCGAUCUAUCCCAGAUGCAUUUCAACCGAGUGCCAAUACUACUCAACUACCUCAACAUUGUUCUUCCGUGUCUGUCCAGGACCCUCCGCGACAUCAUCAACUUUUAUGAGACCCAGACGCUGAGCAAGGAAAUGCGAUGGCGAAAGAUGUAUCAUACGAUGACACAAGAAACAGCCACUCCGUCCACACAGGUCGGUCCCGUUCUCAGACCAGAACUGAUGAUCCUGCCGACGCUCCAAGAUCCCAAUGCGCACUGGGCUGAACAGAUCUUCUCGCUCCCGCUACCUUCUCGGACGGCAUUGAAGCACAACAGGCCGUCGGAAGCUCGCGGCCAGUUUGUAGCAUGGGGCCAACUUAAUAUCCCGAAGGAGACCAAGAUGCUCUUCAGGCGGAACGCCCUUACAAUCGACAUGAACGCGAGAGAGUUCAAGCUUAAAGGCGAGGAGAGACUCUUCCAGGCCCAAAUUAUUGACGAUGGCUUCAAACACUCUUUGAUAGUCUAUCGUGACUCCGGAACCAAGGGCCUCCGCCUGCAUGCCGCCGUUUGGGAGGGUGAACUCCGCCAAUGCCCAGUCUGGACGGCCUUCGUAACCCAUCAGUCUGCGUCUCCGACUUGGCUCCAGCGCAAAUCCAAUCACCGCGUCUGGCUCAAAGACGUCCAGCUCUACGUCUUCUGCCACCGAUACCGCCAGCAGAACCAAAGAAAGGGACAAGCUGGCGCAUUCGAGAUCAACUUUGUCUCCGACGAGGGGGCCAAACGGUUCCGCGAAGUCUUUGCUCCCGCACCUGAAGACACGUCUGAAGUUUCGAUGGAGGCGAUCGAGGAUGCGAAGUAG